CUGAAGUUAGUUCUCGUAAUGAUCAUUAUAUUAAUUUCCGAAAAUGUACCCAUCUAAUUUCAAAACCAAAAACAAAAAUAUAGCAAGUGGUAAUUAAUUUUCACAUGCGUUUACACGUUUUCUUGUUAAUUGUUAUAUAAUUAAAGAUGAGAUUAUUUUAAGAGGCAAGUCCAAAAUGAUGAUUAUGAUAUUAAAUGUAUAUCAUACAUGUAAAAUCGAGAAUAUAGCAAGUCAUACAAUAAUAAUAAUAAUAAUAAUAAUAAUUAUUAUUAUUAUUAUAAAGAUGAAUUAAAUGCUAAUGGUGGGUAGAGACUAGAGAGGCUAAGCAUAUGUCUCUCAUAGAUCCAAAAUCACAUUGGAGGAGAAGAAAAGAAGGACCAUGAGGCAGAGGGGACAUCCCAAUUUAAUUUCCUUCCUGCCUUUGAUCAUUGCAACCCCAGCUCCAGCUUUGUAUGGUCCAACCUUUGCCUUAAAUUACCCCUAUUCAAUGAGCUUCAUCACACUUGUCCUAAUUUGAAAGCUCCACGUGGGUAUGAAAUAUGGAUGGAAACGGGGCUUAGUUUUGUGCGAGUAUUACGAAUACCGGCAACUUACCCGGUCAAUAUGAAAAUUCGGUGGUUAACUUAAUCCAGAAGGAUUAUUGGAAUCACAAUUGUGGGCACAAUUUAAUUGGGUUAAAGACACAUUUGGUCACUGAGAUUACAAAAUCGGGACAUGUUUAGUCACUAAAAAAAGUUAAUAUCAAAUUUGGUCACUACAAUCACUAAAAUUGGACGCAUUUAGUCACUCGCCGUUAGUCUCCGUCCAACUCCGUUAAUGAAGUCUGUUAAGUGCUGAUGUGGCAAACAAAAUUGCCUAAUCAGCCGGAUAUAACCCAACAAAAAUAAAAUUCGACCCGCCACGUCAUUAUAACCCGCUACCUCAUUAAAACCAACCCAACCCAACCCAUGACCCAACCCUACCAAACCCUUCUUCCUCCCACCUCGGCACCUCCCACCUCCUUCUUUCCCCAAAACCACAGCCGCCGCCGCUCUCCUCCUUCCUCCCACCUCCUCCCACAAACCUAUUCGACCUGCUGAAGGGUAAUCGUCAAGAUUCCUCCUGUUGAAGUCCGGCCGAACCCAAUUUAGGGUUUUCCCCAUCCCAUCCAAAUUCACUGGGCGGGGAGAAGAUCUCUCCGCCAUUAAUCUGCCGCCCUUCCUUCAUCUUCUUCCUCUGUCAUUCCCAAUUCCAAAAAAAUCUUAUUUCAACUCUUAUUCUUCUUUUCUUUUCCAUUGAUUCAAUGGCGGCUCCUCUAAUUCCUCAAUUUCUACUCCUCUUCAUCCUGGGUACUGCUAAUUUCUUCCCAAUCAGGGUCGUUUCCACAACCAUCACAAUCACCAACCAGUGCGACUACACGGUCUGGCCGGGCAUUCUCUCCAACGCCGACGUGGCGCCGCUGCCCACCACCGGAUUCGCGCUCCAAAAGGGCGAGACCCGGACCAUCUCCCCGCCGGCCUCCUGGGGCGGCCGCCUCUGGGGCCGGACCCACUGCUCCGAGGACUCCACGGGCAAAUUCUCCUGCACCACCGGCGACUGCGGCUCCGGCCAGGUCGAGUGCUCCGGCACCGGCGCCACUCCCCGCCACGCUCGCCGAAUUCAAGCCCGACGGCUACGGCGGCCAGGACUUCUUCGGCGUCAGCCUCGUCGACGGCUACAACCUCCCCGUCCUUGUCUCGCCGUAGGGCGGGUCGGGCCAGAACUUGUUUGCGGGAGGAGGUGGGAGGAAGGAGGAGAGCGGCAGCGACGGUGGUUUUGGGGAAAGAAGGAGGUGGGAGGAAGAAGGGUUGGGUAGGAUUGGGUCAUGGGUUGGGUUGGUUUUAAUGAGGUGGCGGGUUAUAAUGACAUGGCGGGUCGGGUUUUAUUUUUGUUGGGUUAUAUCCGGCUGAUUAGGCAAUUCUGUUUGCCACAUCAGCACUUAACGGACUUCAUUAACGGAGUUGGACGGAGACUAACGGGGAGUGACUAAAAGCGUCCAGUUUUA